UGUUCAACCACUGCAUUCGAGCAUUUUUCUAACCAAUGGCUUCCAAAGCUCUGCUGCUGUUUCUACUGGCAGCUUCUCUGCUAGUUUUAACGACUGUUGCUUCCAAGGAGGUGGGGGAGAACAAUGAGAUUAAGGCUGCUGUUCCGGUCAAGCCUCCCACUGUAUCACCACCAACCAAGGCCCCUACUCCCCCAUAUAAGCUUCCAACCCCAGUACCACCAGUCAAGGCUCCAUCGCCAUAUAAGCCACCGUCUCCAGUACCACCAGUCAAGGCCCCUACACCACCAUAUAAGCCACCGUCUCCAGCACCACCAGUCAAGGCCCCUACACCAACGUAUAAGCCACCGUCUCCAGCACCACCAGUCAAGUCCCCAAAACCACCGUUUCCAGCACCACCAGUCAAGGCUCCAACUCCUUCACCACCAGUCAAGCCUCCUACUGUCCCAUAUAAGCCUCCGACUCCUGCACCAGCACCCCCAACAAAGACUCCAAUUCCAGCGCCAGCACCCCCAACCAAAGCACCAACUCCACCAUAUAAGUCGCCUAUCCCAGUGCCUCCAGUUAAGCCCCCUACACCACCUUACAAGCCACCGACAACUCCUACACCUCCUUACAAGCCACCAAGUCCACCAUUGCCGCCUGUAAGGACAAGAAAGGAUUGCAUCCCGUUAUGCGGACAAAGGUGUAAAUUACAUUCGAGGCCUAACCUCUGCUUGAGAGCUUGUGUCACAUGCUGCGACAGAUGCAAAUGUGUUCCACCAGGGACAUAUGGCAACAGAGAAAUGUGUGGCAAAUGCUACACCGACAUGAGAACCCACCGCAACAAGCACAAGUGUCCUUGAAAAUCCACGACGACGACGCUUCUGGAGGAUGCUUUCUUAUAUGUAAUAGUAACUUUGUAAUAAGUUGUGAGAGUGGUGAAAAUGAAUGGUUUUCUUGUAGUGUAUCCGUUUCUUAUCCUACAGCUUAUGAACUUGUCAAAAAUAGUUUUUGUAACUGCAA